CCGGAGGCGGCGGGUUGUGGUUCCGGUUCCGUCGCGGAGACACGUGAAGGUCGGUGAGUUGCGCGGAGCACGUCUCGGCACGCGGAGCCGCGCCGGGAUGGAUUCGUCCUCGUCUUCCUCCGCGGCGGGUUUGGGCUCGGUGGACCCGCAGCUGCAGCAUUUCAUCGAGGUGGAGACUCAGAAGCAGCGCUUCCAGCAGCUGGUGCACCAGAUGACGGAACUUUGUUGGGAGAAGUGCAUGGACAAGCCUGGGCCAAAGUUGGACAGUCGGGCUGAGGCCUGUUUUGUGAACUGCGUUGAGCGCUUCAUUGAUAGAAGCCAGUUCAUCUUGAAUCGACUGGAACAGACCCAGAAAUCCAAGCCAGUCUUCUCAGAAAGCCUGUCUGACUGAUCUUAGCAUUACUUUUUGGAAAAGGAAGGUAGUUCAAGAAAUGAAGAGCAGUUGAUGGGAUGGUUGAAGAAAAGGCUAUGGGGGAAUUGGCUCCCACCUUUGUCACUCUUGGGACAUCCUGUCAUCUGAGAAUGAACAAAGACCAAUUUUGCGUGGGGGGGGGUUUCAGGGUCAUAUGCGUAUUUGGUCGUGUUUUUUAAUGCUAAUCUUGUGAAAACAAUUGACAAAUGAAUGGAAAACUCUACUAGAUGCAUAUUACUGUAUGUGGGACUAUGCUUUUCUCAAAGUCCCAUUAACUACUUCCUAUAAUUUUGAUGGUGGAACUGCUUUCUGUAAUUUGAUAGUGGGACCACAUAGGUAAAAACUCUCAUUUGCGUGGACUCAUUUCAGAUUUAUGGGGAGAUUGAUACACAUCUUUGUGUCUCUCAGAAAGGGCAGCAGUGGGGGAAGAGUAAUUCGGUACCUAACUAUAGGUCUCCUUAUCUAGUGUUUGACUAUCAGUGCUGGAAAAAAAUCUAUGGAAUGUUCAUACAGUACAUUGCAGCUUUCUAGAUUAUCUCCCUCCCUGAUACUGUGAUUUACUUAAAUAUCUAUAUAAAGUAUGGUCUCGAGGUAGUACACGUAGCCUGAGAGUCUAGAGGCCUUUAGUUAUAAAGGAAUCUAGCCAGUGAACAUAAUUCUCAUUACUAAACUGCCACAAGGAAGAAAUUAACUUACCCUGUAUAUCAGGGUCCAAAAAAUUCAAAGAUGUGCCUAAAUAAGUUAUAAAGACUUAGGCCAGUCAAAAACUAACAGCAGUUUCAGGUAGAGGUGCAUGCCUAAUGUAAAUCAGUAUAGAUUCCAUUUACUGCAUUUUGAUCACUGAAAUAAAAGCUUCUACAAGAUUCA